UGACAAAGUCUCCACUCCAGCCCACGUACGCCUUGCAGUACGCACACGGCGCAGCAUAGAUUUUGUCAACACUAAUUUUUUUUCUUCCUUUAAACUAUCUCUCUUUUCUUUAAUGUUUGAGUUCAAGAAAAUAAUACGAAGAACCAGAAGGUCGUCUCAUGCAUUGACAUUGUAAACACACAGCAACAAGGAAGAGAGACACGCGCCGAUUCCUCACUGGCUGACUUCGACCUCUCCAAUCUCCUUUCAUCAUCAAGAUCUCAAACAGGUAACAAGUUUUAUCAGUCGGGUCAGUCUCUCAAAGCUUAGGUUUAGGAGGAAGAAGAUGAUGAUGAUGAUGAGCAUUGCGCUGAGGUUUCAAUUCCCAGGUCUUACCCCCCAAUAAAGUAUUGACCACAAACAAUUCAACAUGUUUGAAUUAUUAUUGAUUAAACUACGAGUAAAGUAAACCAUUUUAAAUAAGCAAGAAACAGCGUAGCUCUUUCCCCAUCAAUGACUCAUUUUGAUAUAUUUGAAGGGGGCAUUCUGACAUUUUCAACCGACGGCUUCAACAACACCCACAGCAGCAGCAGCACCACCAGUUGCCACCGCCUACCACUUCCACAACCUUCUUCUUCAACCUUUCCCAAUCACCUAAUGCCUUCUUCUUCUUCUUCUUCUGCUCCAUCUCAAUCUCAUCAAAAACGAACCUUUUUUACAUCUUCAUCUUCUACUCCUGCUUCCUCCUCCUCCUCCUCCUCCUCUGUCUCAGCUCUGAGACCGGGGAUCAACAGAAGCGGCAGUGAUGUUAACAGCCCACGGCGGCUCACGCGCCAGAGGAAGCUGCGCUACCUCACGAGCCCCGAGGAUCUCGACUCUUACGGGGUCCCGGAGAAGUCUCGCUCAUCGCCCACCUCGCCUGAAUAUUCGACCCGUAGAUCACGCUCUCCGUGUGGCGAGUCAAAUCCAAAUUCACGCUUUCCCGGUGGCGAGUCGGCCCCAUGUUCUCGGUCUUCGGUCGGUGACUCGGCCAGAAAGUCAUGCUCCUCUUCUUUCGUUGCUGGGCCUCAAGGCCCACAACCCUUGCCGCUUCCGGAGAACAACCGGAGACCCGACUGCGUCUCUAAAGAUAACAACUUCUUCAGCCCUGUGGUCGGCAGGAAGAGCGUCGAUCAAGCUGCCACAAGCUCAUCAUCACCGGCGAAAUCUUCCAAGAACCGAAGCCGAGAUGUAAACAAUUCCGGCGGGGGUGGGAGUGGGGGUUUUAAUUUCCAUUUGGGUUUGAAUGUUCAAUCUAGGACUGUUUUUAGCUCAAGUCAUCAUCAUCCUGUUAGCCCACAAAGAUCGAACACAGUGGAUUUUUUGCCUUGUCAGUCACAUGUUGCAGGCAACUUUUAUAAACACAGGGGAAUGGGAAUGGGAAUGGCAGUGUCACCGGAGGCUAACUUUGAACGUGAAACUUACAACUUGAGCAGGAGUGCUCCAACCAGUGUUCUCUCAAGUCCUGCAGUUAGCCCGCGCCGAUCAACCACUGGGGAUCCUUUUCCUUUUUUCAUGACUCAUCAAGAUCAAUAUCAGGAUGGUGCUACCUUUCUCUCGUUGUUGUCACCAAAGAAGCCUACACUCAGUCCCACUCAUUCUCCACUCCAUAGCCCUACGCCUCGAAGUCCACGCUUCAGCCCCAAUGCUUCAAACUAUGAGACUAGUCUUGCCACUGCUCACCCGUUGCCUCUGCCUCCUGGAGCCGCAGUGCCAGCACAGCCGCCGUCUAUCACUAUGCAUCAAAAUAAUGUAGCACCAAAUGUAACCGUAUCAUCAAUGAAAGGUCAAUGGCAGAAGGGGAAACUUAUCGGACGGGGUACCUUUGGUAGUGUUUAUCUUGCAACCAACCGAGAAACUGGGGCCUUGUGUGCAAUGAAGGAAGUUGAUCUCAUUCCUGAUGAUCCUAAAUCUGCAGAAAGUAUAAAGCAAUUGGAGCAGGAAAUUAAAGUCCUCCGUACACUAAAGCAUCCAAAUAUUGUGCAGUACUAUGGUAGUGAAGUGAUUGAUGAUCAUUUCUACAUAUAUUUAGAAUAUGUUCACCCUGGAUCAAUAAAUAAAUAUGUCCAAGACCAUUUUGGAGCUAUGACUGAAUCCGUAAUCCGCAAUUUUACCCGCCAUAUCCUCCGUGGGUUGGCUUUUUUGCAUGACACGAAGACAAUUCACAGGGAUAUUAAAGGUGCAAAUUUGCUUGUUGAUGCAUCAGGCGUUGUCAAACUUGCCGAUUUUGGGAUGGCAAAACAUCUUAGUGCGCAUUCAUACAAUCUUUCUUUGAAGGGCAGCCCAUACUGGAUGGCUCCUGAGGUCAUAAAGGCUGUGAUACAGAAUGAUGGUGAUCCUAAUCUUGCUUUGGCUGUUGAUAUAUGGAGCUUGGGUUGUACCAUCAUCGAGAUGUUCAAUGGAAAACCGCCUUGGAGUGAAUUUGAAGGGCCACAAGCUAUGUUCAAGGUUCUGCACAGAACCCCGGAUAUACCAGAAAAAUUAUCUGCAGAAGGAAAGGAAUUCCUCAGUUUGUGCUUCAAAAGGAACCCCGCAGAGAGGCCAUCAGCUAAGAAGCUACUUGAUCAUCCUUUUGUACGAAAUUCAAAUGAUCAAAAUGUCUCAUCUUAUACUCGGGCUUUUUCUCUGGUAAUGGAUAAAUUAAAUAGCCCGACCGACCAUAUUAAGCAAAAACUUGGUCGAAUGCUGGUCUAUCCACGCACUUCUAAUUGAGAGGUCAAAGAACCUGAUCCUUGAAGAUCAUGCAUCCAUAUCCAUAACUGCAGCCCUUCUUCAAAUUAAAGCAUCCUGCAUUGCUCGUCUGCGUGUUUUGAAUCACCAUCCUUUUGCUCUUCGCUAUAGAGCAAUCAUGGUUGAUGGUUCUGGAUGAAAUGCAUUGGGCAGCUGAUUUGAGAUUUCCAUUGCCUAUUUUAUCAGCAUGCAGUAGGAUCAAGUUGAGAAUUUUCAACUAACACGGCAGGGUUCAUAGAUCAUCCUCAAGAAGAUAACUGAUUUGAUGAGUAGCUAGCUAAGAUCUGUAUUCUGUAGGAAGAAAACGGAUAAAUGUGCACAUAGACGGGUGUAGUCAUAUUAAUCUGUAAAUAUUGAUUUGUAUCGGCUCUCUCAAAAGAAACUUAACUGUUUUUGGGCAAAUGUUAAUCUCGAUUACAAACCAAUCAUUAUUUCAAAUUGAACUCGUGAUGAAGGCUUAUCCUGCUUA